AUGAGUCUUUUGAAGGAGAAGUUGCAAAAGGCGAGAAUUCAUUCAAAAAGCAAAAACAUUUCCGUGUUCAACAAGAAGAGAAGCAAUGAAGAAGAAGAAGCAGCAUCAUCGCGUUUGAAGAGCUCGGAACCUACCAACGAGACUCUAGAAAUAACUGAAAAGAAUGGUGUCCAUGAAAGAGCACUCCCGUCAUCAUCGGAACAAAAAAAGAGAAAGAUGGAUGAUAACGCUACAACGCUGAAAACAAACAAACAAAAAUCAUAUCAAGGAUAUAUUGAUCAAUUGGAAGAAUGUAUCAAUAACCAACCAGAAACAUCUCAUAUAUUUACCUCAUCGGAAUUAAAGGAAGCCACCAAGAGCAGCGUUUCCACUUCUAAAUUAAUUCAUAUCGCUAACAGCAAUAUGAUUCAUCCAAUUGUUAAGAAGGAUCUAUUGAAUAGAAGCAAUGAAGAAAAUGUUUUUCUUUCUCUGAUUCAAAGCGUUGUUUUUGAUAAUAUUUUGAACGGAAAGGAUGUCAUUUGUGAAUAUUGCUCUGUUGGAAGUUACUCAUCGUUUGAUGCGCAAAGUAGCAAUAAUGUGUUAGAGGAUUGUGCAUUGUCAUAUUUAAUUCCAUUACUCAGCAAUGUCUAUAAGGUCACAAAGUCUAAGAAGAUUAAUAAUUUAGGUCUCGUAUUGUUAGAUUCAGAAGAGAUUUUAACAACUUUGAAAACAAAACUUGAGAAGAAUUUACCUUCUGCUCUAGAAUCUGGCACUAUAUCUUUUAUUCAAAAUGCAACUUUUGAAGAACGCCCUGUUGUGAUUUCAACCCUAAAUAAUAUCAUCAAAGUAUUGGAAGAGCGACCAGAUUUAUUCUUGAAAUCUUUACGAUGUGUUGCUUUUCAUUUAGGUGAAGAUUAUUAUGGAAGACUUCCAGAGUUAUUCAACACUUUAAGCAGCAUUUGCAAAUAUUUACCACAAAAAACUUCUCGUCAAACAUUAUUUUACUCCAAUUCCAUCUCGAGUAAGACUUCAGAAUUUGUUUUGAACAAUUUGACGAGAGCAGGUCCUCCAUUUGUGAAAAUGAGUGAUAUUUUAGCAGAAGAUGCUCUUAUCAAGCAAUCCAUCGAGAUGGACAGGAGCAAGCAACAACAUUCUUACAUCUCUGUGGGUUAUCCUCUCAAAUUAGUUUACUUAUUUUCGUUGAUAGGAUUUCUUGCAAAAUAUCGAAAAUUCCAAACGAUUUUUGUUUAUUUUCCUACUGCAGAGCUAUGUGAAUUUUACUCUUCCUUAUUUGUACAUACUAAGGAUUACAAAUCUAUUACGAAGAAAACAGCUACACAUUUUGUCUACGAUGGUAUGGCUCACACACCAGCGUGUAAGGAUGCAUCUAGGGCCGUGGUUGUCCAUUUUGAAAUGCCACCAGAUAAUGCUACCUAUUUACAACGAAUUGGGAAUAUCAGAAGAUCGAUCGUUCUUUAUACAAAGAGAAUGAGCUCAGCCUCUGAUGUGUUAUUUUCUGAAAAAUCAGAUCAUUUAGAAAAGUAUGAAAAGUUUUCAACGGAGCAUGUCGAUUUGUCCAUCCAAUUUCAAUGCGAACAGGCUGUCGAAAAGGAUAAUGCUUUGAGAGAUGCGUUGAAAUUUGCCCUCAAAUCCUUCCGAAUGAUUCAUUCUGGCUUUCUUGAUUCCAUUGCACUGAGAAAACAACAAUCAAACAUCAAAUCUGUGAAACACAAAAAGAAACUUUUAGAAGAUUCUGAGAUUUUACAACCAUUCGCAGUGACAGAUACCAAUGUGGUUCAAAAAUCUUACGAUUUCUUUAGAGGACUUCUUUUACCAGAAGAUCUUUGUUGA